AUGGCUGCCGCUCCAGACCCCAAGAUCCAAGACCUGCUCAACAAGCCUAAGAGCGAGCUAACCGAAUUUGAGGUUGGACUUGUUGAGGAGCACGAGCUCAAUGCUGGCCCCCUCUCACUUCUACAGACCGCCACCCGCACACACACUCAAGUCCUGAUUUCCUGCCGUAACAACCGCAAGUUACUGGCCCGUGUGAAGGCUUUUGACCGACAUUGCAACAUGGUGCUGGAACAUGUGAAGGAGAUGUGGACUGAGAAGCCCAAGGGCAAUAAGGGCAGGGGUGUGAAUAAGGAGCGCUUCGUCAGCAAGAUGUUCCUCCGUGGCGACUCCGUCAUUCUCGUUCUGCUUAGCUAA